AGCACGUUUCGUUCAGUUUCGAUCACACACCUAGGAGUUAGUUCGGAUGAUUCGAGAGUAAGAGCUUCCCAAAAAAAAAAAAAAAAAAAAAAAAACACAACAAAUAGUUAUAAGAAAACACAAUACGGAAGGAAUUGACAAACCAGACAGCAAAACGUAAACUCAAACUUUUCGUUUCGAUUGGCUGUCGGCGAGAAGCGGAGGCCAUGGCUGAGAAUUUGCGCAGAGGCAGACGCCGACGCAUCGAGCCGUCGCGCAUACAGUACGGCGCCUGGGAUGAUCCGCGCGUGUCGCUGUUCGCGACCGUGCCGCAGGAGCCGGUGGGUGAUAUGUUGGGGCGCCUAAAGCGCCUGCCGCCGGGUAAUCGGGAUCGGGCCAAGGAGGUGGAUGCCUGCCCGUUGGUAUUGGCCACGUCGACAUCAACGAAUCGCCUCUACCGGGAGGUCAAAUACCAGGUGCAGCAGAUAGCCGAUGAUCGCAACAAGAACUAUCAUCCGAUACAGGAGCGGGAGCGCCAGUCGGCGAUCAUCGCACGCAUGAUGGCCGAGCAUAAUAGGCGGGAGUGUGCGGAGGCGAUGCGCCGCAAGCAACUGCACGAUAACUCGCAGAGGCUGCGCGAUCUCAAGAUUGAAAUCGAUCGGGCCAAGACGACGCUGAGCGUGGUAAAGAAGCGCAACGAUAACAUACGCCAGCACGGCGCCGAGCGAGCCGACGAGCGCAAGGAGGCGCUCGAGCAUAGGGAGCAGGUGCGCGUAGAGAAGCUGGCCGAGCAGCGGGCGCUGCAGGAGAAGGCGCACAACUACAGCGAACAGCUGGUCGCCCAGAUACGCAAACUGCAGGCGGAACGGGCGCAACAGCAGCUGACCGACCUGGAGGAGGGCCGCCAGAAGCGUCACAACGACGAGAUGGCGCAUGCCAACGAUCUACAGCAGGCGGUCGAGGAGCGUAAUAAAAAGCGAAUCGAGCUCAAGCAGAUGCUGGACGAGUUCUCGGCGCUGCAGCGCAGCAUACGCGAGGCGAAUCCCGACAAGCCGGACAAGCUGGACGUGAUCGUGAUGGAGGCACUAGGCCCGGUAACCGGCAGCUUUAUCAAAAAGGAGCUGCAGCGUCGCCUGGACGAUAUUGAGCGGCGUCGCCUGAUCAGUGACGGGCUUGGGCAGGAGCUGAGCGAGAUUCGUAGCAAAAAGGAUGCGCGCGAUAAUAUGCUGGCCGACAUUUUGAUAUGCGAGCGGCAGGCGCGCGAAAAGAAGCGCGCCCAUCAGGACAUACAGAAGCGUCACAACCAGAAGCUACAGGUGGCCAAGGAUCUGAUCAAUCAGCGCAAAGAGCAGCAAUUCUAUCGCGAAAAGGACGAGGCACUCGCCAAGACAAUCAAAACCGACGCGACCAGCUUCAUGCAGCGCCAAUACCAACAGGCCAGCGAUAAGGAGGCCGCCAGCCAUGCCAUCAGCGCAAGGACCUACGACGGCAUCGCUGCCGACAUUGUGAACAAUGCGCGAGUCCGUGCCGCUGCCAUUGAGGAGGAGCGCAUGAUCAAGCAGGCCCUCCAAGACAUGGAGCUGGACAUGGAGCGUCGCAUCGAUGAGGAGCGCAUGCGUGUCCUUCACGCCCAGUCCCGUGACAUCAUCGACGAGGUGCGACCCUGCAAGCUCAACCACGUGGAGCGCCUCACCUUCAAUUUGCCCGCAUGCGGCAUAAACAGUGAGGACACCCACACCCACUAAACGCUCUAACUAACCAACUAACUAAACUGGACUAGGCUAGGUAGCUUAUCAAUUGGUUCAACUGGUUCCGUGUAUACACUAACUAUUCCACACAGAACUAUAAAUUAUUCAGGCAGUUAUUGCAAGCUUCCAAGACUCAUUAAAUACAUAAAUAUAUAU